AUGGAUGUGUCAGCAGAAAAGACUGUUAGAAAAAGUGAAAGCGAGCGUGAAAUUUGUGUUUAUGGAAUCGUAAUGAUGAGUCAUUUUUUCGUUGAUUGGAUUUUUGUGGAAAUACAAUUUGUGAUGAGUGAACUACAAAAAAUGGAUGAUUUGUUGAUGUUUUUCAAGGCUCUUUCACUUUUGAAGGUGAAAAGAAGAUGA